CUUGAGGGGACCCCCGUUAAACUCGUGGUGCGGACUAGGGGUGGCGGGGUGCGUUGUGCCUGCUUCUCCGUUCCUUCUGCCCUACUUGCUAGUGGCUGGUUGUCGGGCAUCCUCCCAUCUUCGGGAGCAACUUUCACUUUCUAUCGUGGCUGGGCCCUCUUGCUUUCCAAAUGAAUCGAAGGAGAGUGAAAUUUGUAUACCUAGACUUUUAUAAAUUCGCUUUUGGAGAUUGUUGCAAGGGAAUAGUGCAGUGGUCUUUAACUUUGGGUGGGGGGGGGUGUCUCAGUACCGAAAUGUGAAGCUAUGGCAACUCCCUGAAAGACCUGCCGCUCACAAUUUGCACACAGUUUCGGAAGUUCCCAGAUUCCUGAAGUUUGCCCUUGGCCCCUGGAUUAGUGUCAAGGUUUGACUUUUUUUAAUUAGGAAAAAAAGAGAAAAGACCUUUAAGGAUGUUAGGAAAGGCCAUUAAGCCAAAGAUGUUGUUACUUAAGUGUCUCAGCUUUUACAGUCAUAAGCGAACAAAGUUUUCUUCAAUAGCCACUGUAUUUUUAAAACUUUUUCUUUGAAUACAAAGUGCUGAAAGUUUAUUUUCUUAAGGACUUUCUGGAACACAGCCUCCCCCUCUUUUUUUCCCACUUGGAAUACAUCGAAAACACACACACGAAAGUGUUUGCCUUAGGAGUAAAGUUCUUUUUGGCCUGAAUUGAAGUUUUUAGGCUUUGUGUGUGUACAGUGGGGGCAGGGUCCAUUCUUUACAAUUAAAAAGUUUUUUUAUAUUUUACCCCAUGACAUAAUGUUUGUGUUCAUUGUCUUCUGCUAGGGAUACGUGCAAUCAGUAACCUACCCAAUACAUGGUUUGCUUUGGGGAUUGAGAUAAGCUGGGAGUACGGUAGAUGGAGAAAAUUCUGAAGGCAUCCACUCUUGGAAGGCACAAUAAAAGGAUGGGACUUUAUAGGAAUUAUCUUGAACAUAUAACAUCCAUCGGCCCCAGGACUACAGGAAGUCCCGAGAAUGAAGUUCUGACAGUGCGCUAUCUUUUGGAGCAGAUUAAACUUAUUGAAGAUCAAAGCAACAGCGUCCAUGAGAUUGCAGUGGAUGUACAACGGCCUACAGGCUCCUUUAGCAUCGACUUCUUAGGAGGUUUCACAAGCUAUUAUGACAACAUCACCAAUGUUGUGGUGAAGCUGGAACCCAGAGGGGGAGCCCAACAUGCUGUCCUGGCAAACUGUCAUUUUGACUCAGUGGCAAAUUCACCAGGUGCCAGUGAUGAUGCAGUUAGCUGUUCAGUGAUGCUGGAAGUCCUCCGUGUCUUGUCAACAUCCUCAGAAGCCUUCCAUCACGCCAUCAUCUUUCUCUUUAAUGGUGCUGAGGAAAAUAUCUUGCAAGCCAGCCAUGGUUUCAUUACUCAGCACCCCUGGGCCAGCUUGAUUCGUGCAUUUAUUAACCUGGAGGCAGCAGGUGUAGGAGGAAAAGAGCUGGUGUUCCAAACAGGUCCUGAAAAUCCUUGGUUGGUCCAAGCUUAUGUUUCAGCAGCCAAACACCCCUUUGCUUCUGUGGUGGCUCAGGAGGUGUUUCAGAGUGGAAUCAUUCCUUCAGACACGGACUUCCGUAUCUACAGGGACUUUGGAAACAUUCCAGGAAUAGACUUAGCUUUUAUUGAGAAUGGAUACAUUUAUCACACCAAGUAUGACACUGCAGACAGAAUUCCUAUAGAUUCCAUUCAGCGAGCAGGUGAUAAUAUUUUAGCAGUUCUUAAAUAUCUAGCUACAUCUGAUAUGCUGGCUUCUUCCUCCAAGUAUAAACAUGGAAACAUGGUCUUCUUUGAUGUGUUUGGCCUUUUCGUCAUUGCCUACCCCUCUCGUGUUGGCUCAAUCAUUAACUACAUGGUGGUCAUGCUCGUUGUUUUGUAUCUGGGCAGAAAAUUGUUGCAGCCCAAACAUAAGACUGCUCACUACAUGAAGGACUUCUUCUGUGGGCUUGGCAUCACUCUGAUAAGCUGGUUCACCAGCCUCGUUACCGUUCUCAUUAUAGCAGUGUUCAUCUCGCUCAUCGGACAGUCUCUCUCAUGGUAUAACCACUUCUAUGUUUCUGUUUGUCUGUAUGGAACUGCAGCUGUAGCCAAAAUCAUAUUCAUACAUACCCUCGCAAAAAGAUUUUACUAUGUGAAUACCAGUGACAGAUAUCUAGGAGAAAUAUUUUUUGAUGUCUCGCUGUUUGUGCAUUGCGUUUCUCUGGUAACUCUGACUUACCAAGGACUUUGCAUGGCGUUUAUCAGUGCUGUCUGGAUAGCAUUUCCACUGCUCACAAAGUUUUUUCUGCACAAGGAUUUUAAGUACCAUGGUGCUGGAGGAAAAUUCCUGGUGUUUUACCUUUUGGGGAUGUUUGUCCCGUACCUGUACGUGUUGUACCUCAUCUGGGCAGUGUUCGAGAUGUUCACCCCCAUCCUCGGGAGGAGCGGCACACAAAUCCCACCUGAUGCAGUGCUGGCUUCCAUCCUGGCUGGAUGUAUAAUGAUCCUCUCCUCCUAUUUCAUUAACUUCAUCUACCUUGCCAAAAGCACAAAAAGAACCUUGGUAGCUUUAACUUCGGUGUGCGGCAUCACCUUCCUCCUCGUCUGCAGUGGGGCCUUUUUCCCAUACAGCUCCGAUCCUGCUAGUCCGAAGCCAAAGAGGGUGUUCCUGCAGCAUACCACUAGAACAUUUCAUGACUUGGAUGGAAAUGUGGUUAAACGGGACUCUGGAAUAUGGAUCAAUGGGUUUGAUUACACUGGAAUGUCUCACAUCACACCGCACAUUCCCGAGAUCAACGAAACCAUCCGAGCUCACUGUGAGGAGACAGCGCCCCUUUGUGGUUUCCCGUGGUAUCUUCCAGUGCACUUUCUGAUCAAGAAGAACUGGUAUCUUCCUGCUUCAGAAGUUUCUCCAAGAGACCGUGCUCAUUUCAGACUUAUAUCCAAGGAACAGACUCCCUGGGAUUCUGUAAGGUUGACCUUUGAAGCAACAGGACCGAGCCAUAUGUCAUUCUACGUCCGAACUCACAAAGGGUCAACACUUUCCCGGUGGUCUCUGGGCAACGGCACCCCAGUCACCAGUAAAGGAGGGGACUACUUUGUGUUUUACUCCCACGGACUCCAGGCCUCUGCAUGGCAGUUCUGGAUUGAAGUACAGGUCUCUGAAGAGCAGCCGGAAGAAAUGGUCACUGUGGCUCUGGCUGCCCACCAUUUCUUUGGGGAAGACAAGCGAUCCCCCCAGUUGGAUGCACUGAAGGAGAAGUUUCCCGAUUGGACAUUUCCCUCUGCCUGGGUGUGCACCUACGACCUCUUUGUGUUUUAAUCUGUGGAUGAAUUCCAAGUGCGUGCUGAAUGGGGUACUCCAUGAGACCUGGUUUCUCCCUGUGGGAUGUGGGUGUUUGUGACCUACGUCAAUGAAUUGUAACGUGUUCACAGAGCUGUGGGGGGUAACACUUUAGGGCCAAGCACUACAAGGGGUACGCUGUGGGCAGUGAUGCGUGGCCUUCUGACACUUGAAAAUGCCAGUAUUCUGGCACUUAAGCACUUGUGGGUACUAUACAUGUACGUCAUUUUAUAUGACUAAGGACAAAAGCCAAGAGACUACUUCAGUAACUGUCCCCCAGGAUCAUGAAAGAUGUACAAGGUACUAUCAGGCCAUUGUUAGUGAGAAAAAUUUCAUUUCCAAUUAAAGCCCAAGACCAUUUGUUGUGUCAGUGAGUGGUGGUAAAAUGCUGUUCACUGGGGCCGUGAUUCCCCCGAGACCUAGCUUUCAGGUUGUUGGAGAUUGCAGUAAGGACCGGUAAGAGCCAUGGGCUUGUACUGAGAGCGGGGCUUCUUCAGCAGCUCUGGAGAGCACAGUGUCUCUGUACUGAGGCCCAGGACCUCGUGACAUGGGGUUGGGCCCAGCAAUGACUCACCGUCCUUGGGACAGGGUCAAUGACCCUCUGCCGUGCUGCUUUUCCAGGUGGCUCUUGAUGCCUUGUCUCCUUCUGACACGUCUGCUUCCCUCUCCACCUGACUAGUGUGAGAAGUGGAGCGUUGGUCUGACUUCGUUUUCCUCUGGGUUCUCACGCUCUUUGUUCAGGAUGCUGUUUGUGUCAGGGCAGUCCUGUGAGGGUGGUACAAGUUUACGUCCUUAACUUCCUCAGUGCACUGAGUCACCGGCCUGGCUAUUCUGGAGUAGGGGUUGGGAGCGGCUGGGCAUUUCAUCCAUAUUUAUUCUCUCUUCACUGUUUUGUAGGAGUCUUCUGUUCUGCAAGGUCAAUCCUGUAGGACAUAAUCUUGUGGAUGCACUGGGUCCUUGUUUGUGUCUGUUUUCUGGCCAGUUGAGCAGACUAGUUUCUUGGUAACUUGCUGUCCAGUGAGGCGGGUUUUCCUGGGACUGAGGCUGUGGCUCAUAUGCGAAUGAGACCGUGGUACCUCUAGCCACUGGUGGUGUUCCAAGAGCCACAGUGGCAGUCCCAGGACCUAGCGGUGCGUGGAACCCAUGUGGAGUCUCGGAACAGUGCCUCCCGGGUGCCUUGGCUUCAGCUGUGGAGUGUUUGGUUAGACCAGUGGUAAACUGUGCUUCUUUCUUCCCAUUAACAAAUGGAGAAAGUUGGACACAUUUGAGUUUAGCAAGCAUAAGCCAAAAGGACAUUUUAAGAAAAAGUCAUAGUUUUAAAAAAAAGUGAGCUAGUUAUCUCUGGUGACGGUGGGGAUGAGAGGGCUGCUUCCUGGAAGAGCAGCCUUUGGUCCACCCAGGCCGCAGGAGCGUGCACGUGCCCACAGGAGGCUGGUGGUGAAGCUGCUUGGCCGUGUGCACCAUGUGCCAUCUCAGUUGUGCUCCUCCUAGCGCCGGCCUGCUCUGGGACCCUGCACAAGCCCACCUGUCCAUUCUGGCCUGCGUGGCUGGCUGGAGCAGGUGUUGGGUCCUGCACCUGGAGCCGUUACUUUUCCUGGAUUCUGGAGACACCAUUUAUCAUCAAACUCAAAUGCCUCACAGGUCGGGUUCUCCCCAGACUGAUCUGUUAGGCCAGGUGGCUCAUUAUGGCUUGUAGAGAAUCACAGCUGUGGAGGAAAAGUUAGAAACAGUAAUAUCUCAAUGAGUUUCAGAACAUGAGCAUUAUUUUUUGUCCCUGUGGUUAAUUUGAAAUAGAUUGCUAAAAAUUAUUUGUGGAAGAAAAGCAGAAUCUCAAAUGUUGAGGCCGUGGUGUGGAAAAGUGUUCGCUGUGAUUUUCCCUCUCACCAGGGAUGUUCCUGAUCCUGUCAGGAAUGAUGUGGUCGUCGUCUGGCCAUGGGGUUGUUUUCCUGUGCAGACAAUUCUCCUUUCCAUUGGUUUUCUUUAGCAUCACGAAGCUUCCAUCUGUGCAGAGUCACUGACAAGCUGCUCACUAGUCUCAGGGUAUGCUUAGUGUUCUGGAAGGUGGCUUUAGUAUCAGAAAUGGCUAAGUGAUUAGACUUGACAUUUGUGGCUCUCUAGUAGGCACACCGUUCUGUCCCAUCUGUAGCCUCUGAGAUGAUAGAGCCCGUUGGUUUUUUGAAUAAGGAUGCUUUCAAACUGUAGCAAACUCACUCACAAGAGUAUUAUUUUCUACAGAAUUUAACUGUAAGUAGCACAAUACUGCGUAUUCAGGGCAAAUGUGAAGAAUUGCAAUUUCAAAGUAAUUCUUUCUUAAAAUCCACAUUGGCUCUGACCUAAGAAUGCCUGUCACAAGAAGCACCUCUUGUUUCCAGUUUAGCAGAUGGAAAUGAGCAUGCUGGGUUCCCUGAGAUGUUACCACUAAGGAAGCCUGAGCUGGAGGAAGAAUGAUGUCUGUCUGUCCAUUUCUUUUCACUGGUUUGUAGACAUGUUGAGGAUUAACUGUUGCCUUACAAUGUUAUGGAAAUAACUGGUUGGUGUCUUUGAACAGAAAAACAAAUCUUUGUCAACUACUCAUGUUCCUCUGUAUCCCCAUAUUUCAAGUCCACAGAGCCUUUUAAAGCCUUAAAAAAAUCUCCAUUAGAAGACCUCGAUGGCUCAUGUGGGUAUAACUGCUAUGUUAAUGAGGGAUGUGAGCAAAGAACUCAACACGGAAAUGUUAGUUUACUUCAUCUGGAUGCCUUUUAUCUGGAAAGAAAGGGUAAUCUGAAUUUCGUAGAAAUUAGUGAUCUAUUAUGUGGUAAAUGUUGAGCUUCAACAUAUUUAGACGUUUUAAAUCACCUCACUGGCAAAGAAAAUCAUCCAAGGGCUAAUAAAGAAGGAUGCUCUUUUAUUGGGACGGGGGAGUCUGAGGAAGGGAAGAAGAAAUUGCCUUUCAGCAGGAGUGACUUGCCUAUUCUCAUCUCCACAUUAAGGAAAAGGUACUGCCACUCACCAAAUCAGAGCACGCACUUGUGGGUUCGAGGCUCUGUGUACAAGUUAUUUAGUUGUCUGACUUUCCUCGGGAAAUUCAGUACAAGGUGAAGCAGCUGAACAACUUGUGUUCCUAAAGCAUCUCCCUUUCUUUUUGGUCCAGUAAAGCCAAGAUGCAUUUAUGCCUCUGUAUGUCUGACUGUUUUUAUUUGAAAUACCUUAGGGAGUUUUUGAGUGUAUUAAUGUGUUUUUCCUUGAUACUACCACUUCCUUAUUUGGUUUGCUUAAAAAUAUAGAACAUCAAUGAUUUCUUUUCUCCAAGUUUGCCUUUUCUAAACCACCAUAAAUUUUAUGAUUCUCAUAAAAUCAUUUUCCAGAAUUAAUAUUUGGUUUGUGGUGUGCAAAUUAAAUUUUAUUUGGAUGAAUACAGACACAAAAAUUAUCAACAAAAUACUAGCACACAGAAUCUAGCAAAAUAUAAAAAGGGAUUAUAUACCAUAACUAAUUGAGAUUGAUCCAGGAAGACAAGGUUGGUUUACUAAAAAAAUCAACCAAUGUAAUAUAUCAUAAUUAAAGGACAAAAGCCACAGGAUCAUCUUAAUAGAUGCACAACAAAAAAAUCGAAAAAAUCAAACACCAUUGCAUGAUAAAAACAACAAAUUAAGCGUAGAAAGGAACUUCCUUAACCUCAUAAAAGGCACACAUGAAAAACCCACAGCUAACAUCAGAAUUAAUGGUGGCAGACUGAAAGCUUCCCCCAAAGAGAAGGAACAAGGUUAGGAUGUCUGCUGUCACUGUUGCUAUUCAGUGUUGCACUGGAGGUUCCAGCCAGGGCAAUUAGGCAAGAAAACGAAAUAACCCAGACUGAAAGAAAAAAAUCACAACUGUCUCUAGUUGCAGGUGACAUGAUCUUAUAUAUAGAAAACCCUAAUGUGUCCACAAAGAAAAAACUAUUAAACUAUUACCACUAAUAAGUUCAGUAAUGUUGUAGAAUAAGAUAAUUCUGUUUCUGUUCAUUAUUCUGUUUAAUGAACAAUUAAAAAAUGAAAUUCAAGCACUUAAAGUAGCAUCAAAAAGAAUAAAAUACUUAGGAACAAAUUUAACAAAAGAAGUGCAAGACUUACAUGCUGAAAACUACAAAACAUCCUAAAUAAAAAGAUAAGCCAUGUUCACGAAUUGGAAGCAUUAUUACAAUGACACUACUCCCCAAACUGAUCUGCACACUAAAUGCAACCCCUAUCGGAAUCCCAGCUGCCUCUUUUUGGGGGUAGGAGUUGACAAGCGACCCUAAAAUUUCAUUUGGAAAUGGAAAGAAUCCAGAAUAGCCAAAACAAUCUUGGAAAACAAAUUUUAAAAACUGUAAAGCAACAGUCAUCAAGACUGAGUGGUACUGGUGGAAGGAUAGACACACAGAUCAAAGGAGUGUGACUGAAAGUCCAGAAAUAAACCCGUACAUUUAUGGUCAGUUGAUUUUUGACAAAGGUGCCAAGACAAUUCAAUGCAGGGAAGAAUCUUUUUCAGCAAAUGGAUAGCCACAUGCAAAAGAAUGAGGUUGGACCCAUACCUCAGACCAUGUACAAAAAUUAAAAUAGAUUAAAACCCCAAUUGUUAAGAGCUGAAACUGUAAUACUCUUAGAAAAAAAUGUAGCCAUAAAUCUUUGUAACCUUGGAUUAGGCAAUGGUUUCUGAGAUGUGACACCAAAAGCACAAAACUUCAAAAGAAAAAUAGAGGUAAAUUGAACUUUAUCAAAAUUAGAAACUUUUGUGCAUCAAAGAAAGCUUUAGCAACAAAGUGAAGAGACAUUCUACAGAAUGGGAGAAAAUAUUUGGUAACCAUGUAUCAGAUGAUGAUUGUUUAAUAUCCAAAAUGUGAUUAACUACAACCUAAAAACAAAACAACAACCCAAUCAAGAAUUGGGCAAGGGAACUGAAUAGAUAUUUCACCAAAGAGGAUAUACAAACAGCCAACAAGCACAAGAAAAGAUGGGCAACGUCAUCAGUCAUAGGGGAAUUGAGAAUCAAAACCACCACGAGAUACCACUUCACCCUCACUAGAAUGGCUGUGAGCAAAGAAAACAGAAAAUAACAGGUGUUGGCAAGGAUGUGGAGAAAUUAGAACCCUCAUCUGUUGCUGGUGGGAAUAUGAAAUGGUGCAGCUGCUAUGGAAAGCAGCUUGGCAGUCCUCAAAAAGUUAAACAUAGAGCUACCAUAUGAACCAGCAAUCCCAAACCCAAGUAUAUACUCAAAAGAAGUGAAAGUAGGGAUGCAAACAGAAACCUGUACACCAAUGUUCAUUGCAGCACUGUUUGCAGUAGCCAAAGGUGGAAACAACCUAAAUGUCCACUAGCAGAUGACUGGAUAAACAAAACGUGGUGCUUAAUAUUGUGUGUCAGCUUGGCUGGGCCGUGAUUCUGAGCGUGUACAUGUGAUCACUCCCAUUAUGGAAUCUGCUGUGAGUAGCCAGUCAGUUGAAAGGGAAUUUCCUUGGGGGUGUGGCCUGUAUCCAAAUAUAAGCAGACGUUCUGGCUUUUCGCUCACUCUGGAUCCUGUAGCUGCCUCCUGUGCAUCUCACCUCCUGCUCUUGAGAUUUGAACUAUCAGCUUAUCUGCAGAUUUUGGGAUCCGUCGAUCUUCACAGCCUGAGAGUGGGAACCCUUCUCUCCAACCUGCCGAUCUUGGGUUCGCCAGCCCCUGUGGCUAUGUGAAUCAAGAGAAGCCUCAAUCCUGAUCCACAGACUUGGGACGUUCCAGCCUCUACGAUUGCGUGAGCUGUUUUGUUUCCUUGAUAUAAAUCUCUCUCCAUAUAUAUUUAUAUGCUUUACUGGUUUUGCUUCUCUAGAGAACCCAGCCUAAGACAUUUGGUACUGAGAGUGGUUCUAGAGGAAUCAAAUUUUAAGGAUGAGUUUUCUAAAUUGGUUCUCAAGUCUGGUUAGUCUUAAAGAUGUUGAUGACUCUGCUUCCAGCAGUAGGGAGGGCAGUGCUAAUCCAUGGUGUGAGAUGGCAAUACAAAUAUGCAAAAUAUCACCACCAGUAGAUCAGGUAUUGGUGAAAGGUGAGGCUCUGGGUGAACACAUACGUGUCAUCUUUCUACAGUUUUGUCAGAAUGAGAAGUAUAAGGAAGUCAGUUGAUUGGUCCUACUUCCACUAGACAAAGUGGUGAAAGAAAGAGAUGCACCCAGGACUUCAGAGUCAAAGCUCAAGUGCCACAUAAAUGACCUCAAGGCUUCCACUUGUGCUUUGAAAGAAAGCCUUAUUUCAUGUAGUAAUAAAGCGGAAAUUGCCAAAAACCAAACCCAGAGGCUUAUCGUAAGAGUGGCUGAAUUACAAUGCCAGCUUAAUUGCCAACCUCGAGAGGUGUUUGAAAUUAAAGUAAAGCGAUUGAUUGGGAAGAAAUGGGAUCCUGAAGCUUGGGAUGGCAACAUUUGGGCAGAUAAUCAGGAAGUAGGGGACACGGAGCCCCUAAAUUCCAUUGAAUCAGUCCUGCCAGCAGAACCACUUCCAAUCUGAAGAGAUUACUCCAUGUUUGUCUACUAAACCAUCCUGCCCAGAAAAACCAUUAGCCCCUCCACUCCCAUCUAAUGAGAUUAGCCCUAGCCCAGCGUCCUCUAAGGAGCCCUUGCCUGAGUCAUUGCCUGGGGCAUGAUCUGUGGCAGAUGCUUUGCAAGACAAUGCUAAAUGCUCUCAAAACAAUUCUACACUAUCGAUUUUGGCUUCUAGACCUAUAACUAGACUUAAGUCCCAGCAAGUUGCAAAAGGUGAAGUACAAAGUGUGACCCAGGAGGAGGUAUGCCACACCCCGAAAGAACUGCUUGAAUUUUCAAAUAUAUACAAACAGAAACCUGGGGAAUAUAUGUGGGAAUGGCUGUUUUAAGGGUGUGGGAUAAUGGUGCAAGGAACAUAAAGAUGGGUCAGUGUGAGUUUAUUGAUGUGGGUCCACUAAGCACAGAUUCUUCAGUGUUUCAACUUGAAAAGUUAGGAAAGGAUCUAAUAGUUUAUUUGGUUGGGUUGCUGAAGCAUGGAUUAUGAGGUGGCCUACACUAAACAGAGUUGAAAUACCAGACCUGUAUUUGUACACUGUAGAAGAAAGUAUCCAAGUGCUUAAGGAAAUUGGCAUGUUAGAGUGGAUUUAUCAGGUUAGACCCACAGACCCACACAGAGUGCCCAGGGAGCACACCUUUUACCACAACUGAGGAACAAAUUUGUGAAGGGAGCUCCAGCAUCCUUGAAGACUGCUGUGAUUGCUGUUUUACGAAAAUCAGACUUGAUGGUGGGAGCUGCCCUACCUGAAUUAAGACACCUAACUACAGUGGGGCUGAUUGGACCCUUUGGUAGUAGGGGCCAAGUGGCUGCACUCAAUUGACAAAGACAAGGUGGGCCUGGUUACAGUAAUGGACAGCAGGGUCAAUGCAGUAAUCAGAAUACUUUUGACUCAUAUGGGCUUUUGGCAUUGGCUACUUAGUCAUGGUGUCCCUAGGAGCGAAAUAGGAAAUCUACUAAAUAUUUACUUGAUCUGUACAAACAGGUGAAUUCUCAGUCAGGUGAACAGCAGUCUAACUCAAAUCGCCGGAAUACAGAGUCAUGGUCAGUCAAUUUCCAGAUUUGAGCGAGUUUAAAGACCCACAACCCCUCGAAUGAAGGGGUGGCUGGUCCCCUUGAGGAAGGACUCGAAUACACUGCCGAUAAUUUUUACUGUUAAUCUUUCUCCCAGCCUUCCCCAAAGGAAUCUACGGCCUUUUACAAGAGUGACUGUUCAGUGGUGAAAAGGAAAUAAUCAGACUUCCGAGGGAUUACUGGAUACUGGCUGUGAACUGACACUAAUUCCAGGAGACCCAAAAUGUCACUGUGGCCCACCAGUCAGAGCGGGGCAUAUGGAGGUCAGGUUAUUAAGGAGUCUUGAUUCGUGUCCAUUUCAGUAGGUCCAGUGGAUCCCUGAACCCAUCCUGUAGUGGUUUCCCCAGUUCCAGAAUGCGCAUAAUUGGAAUAGAUACACUCAGCAACUGGCAGAACCCCCACAUUGGAUCUCUGACAAAUAGAGUAAGGGCUAUUACAGUACGAAAAGCCAAGUGGAAGCCAUUAAAACUGCCCCUACCUAGGAAAAUAGUAAACCAAAAGCAACAUGACAUUUGUGGAGGGAUUGCAAAGAUUACUGCCACCAUUAAGGACUUGAAGAAUGCAGGGGUGGUGAUUCCUACCAUAUCCCCAAUCAAUUUGUGUAUUUUGCCUGUGCAAAAAACAGAUGGAUCUUGGAAAAUGACAGUAGAUUACUGAAAACUUAACCAGGUGGUGACUCCAAGUGCAGCUGCUGUUCCAGAUGUAGUUUCAUUAAUACAUCUCCUGGUACCUGGUAUGCAGCUAUCUAUCUGCCUAAUGCCUUUUUAUCCUUACCUGUUUUGAAGGACCAUCAGAAGCAGCUUGCCUUCAGCUCGCAAGGCAAGCAAUAUACGUUCACUUGCCUACCUCAGGGCUACAUCAGCUCUCCAGCCCUAUGUCAUAAUUUAGUCCAAAGGAACUUUGAUAGCUCUUCCCUUCUACAAGAUGUCACACUGGUCCAUUACAUGGAUGAUGUUAUGCUGAUUGGAUUUAUUAAGAAGUGUCAAUGAUUCUGGUCUUAUUGGUAAAAUAUUUGCAUGCUAGAGGGUGGGAAAUUAAUCCCACAAAAAAUUUAGGCACCUUCCUCCUCAGUGGUGUGGGGCAUGUCGAGAUACUCCUUCUAAAGUGAAGGCAGAGUUAUCGAAUCUGGCUACCCCCCCAACUAAAAAGGAGGCACAAUGAUAACGGGCCUUUUUGGAUUUUGGAGGCAACACACUCCUCAUUUGGGUGUGCUACUCCAGCCUAUUUAUCAAGUGACUCAAAAAGCUGCUAGUUUUGAGUGGGACCCAGAACAAGAGAAGGCUCUGCAACAGGUUCAGACUGCUGUGAAGCCACUCUGCCACUUGGGCCAUAUGAUCCAGCUGAUCCAAUGGUGCUUGAAGUGUCUGUCAGGCCCUUAUUGGUGAAUCACAGUGCAGACCCUUAGGAUUUUGGAGCAAAGCCCUGCCAUCUGCAGAUAACUGCUCUUCUUUUGAGAAACAGCUUUUGGCUUGUUACUGGGCCUUAGUGGAAACUAAACAGUUAGCCAUGGGCUACCAAGUCACCAUGCGGGCUGAGCUGCCCAUCAUGAACUGGAUGUUGUUUGACCCAGAGUCAUAAAGUCGGACAUGCACAGCAGUACUCCAUCAUUAAAUGGAAGUGGUAUAUAAGAGAUCGGAUCCCAGCAGGACCUGAAGGCACAAGUACGUUGCAUGAGGAAGUGGCCCAAAUGCCCAUGGUCUCCACUCCCGUCCCAUUACCUUCCAUCUCCAAGUCUGCACCUGUGACCUCACGGGGAGUUCCUUAUGAUCAGUUGACUGAAGAGAAAGCCCAUGCCUGGUUUACAGAUGGUUCUGUGUGAUACGCAGGCACCACUUGAAAGUGGACAGCAACAGCACCAUUCUGGGAAUCUCCCUGAAGGACAGUGGUGAAGGUAAAUGCUCUCAGUUGGCUUACCUUUGAGCAGUGCACCUAGUUCACUUUGCUUGGAAGGAGUAAUGGCCUGAUGUGUGAUUAUAUGCUGAUUCGUGGGCACUGGCCAGUGGUUUAGCUGGAUGGUCAGGGACAUGGAAGGCACAUGAGGAGAAUUGGAGACAAGGAUUUAUGGGGAAGAGGUAUGUGGACAGAUCUCUGAAUGGGCCAAAGAAGUGAAGAUAUUUGUGUCUCAUGUGAAUGCUCACCAGAGGGUGACCUCAGCAGAGGAUAGGAUGACUUGUUCUGUCAACGCUAGUCAUCCUUUUUUCCCAGCUACUCCCAUCAUUCCUCAGUGGGCUCAUGAGCAAAGUGGCCAUGGUGGUGAGGAUGGAGGUUAUGCAUGGGCUCAGCAACAUGGACUUCCACUCACCAAGGCCGACUUGGCUACAGCUACUAUUGAGUGCCCAGUCUGCCAGCAGCAGAGACCAACACUGAGUUUUGAUAUGGCACCAUCCCUUGAGGUGAUCAGCCAGUAACCUGGUGGCAAGUUGAUUACAUUGGACCACUUCCAUCAUGGAAAAAGCAGCAUUUUGUCCUUACUGGAAUAGACACUUACUCUGGAUAUGAAUUUGCCUUCCCUGCACACAAUGCUUCUGCCAAAACUACCAUCCGUGGACUUACAGAAUGCUUUAUCCACCAUCAUGGUAUCCCACACAGCAUUGCCUUAGAUCAAGGGGCUCACUUCAUAGCAAAUGAAGUGCUGCAGUGGGCCCAUGCUUAUGGAAUUCACUGGUCUUACCAUGUUCCUCAUCACCCUAAAGCAUCUGGCUCAAUGCAAUGAUGGAAUAGCCUUCCAAAGACACAAUUAUGGCACCAGCUAGGUGACAAUACCUUGUAGUGUUGGGGGCAGUGUUGUCCAGGAGGCUGUAUAUGCUCUAAACCAGCAUCUAAUAUAUGGCACUGUUUCUCCCAUAGCCAGGAUUCAUGGGUCCAGGAAUCAAGGUGUGGAAAUAGUGGUACCACCCACUGUUACCCCUAGUGACCCCACUUGUAAGAUUUUUGCUUCCUGUCCCCAUGAUCUUAUGCUCUGCAGGUAUAGAAUGUAAAACCACAGCAACCCAAUUCCGAUAUGACUACUAAUGAUCCACAUCCAGAAAUGAAGGUUUGGGUCACCCCACCAGGCAAAGAACCAUGACCAGCCGAGGUGCUUGCUGAGGGCAAAGGGAAUAUGGAAUGGGUGGUGGAAGAAGGUAGUUCUAGAUACCACUUAUGGCCACGUGACCUGUUGUAGAAACGAGGACUAAUUGUUAGAAGUGUUUCUGCUUUGUACGUGUGCAUCAAAUAUUUUUGUUUUCUUCACUUAUAAAAUAUAAGAUAUAAAUUGGGCUAGUGCAUUUUCAGCCAUACCCAUGUUAGUUUUAUCAUGUUAGGCACAAGUAUGACUUUAUAAUUGUCUUUAUUCAGAGAUUAUGUAUGGUUUAAGGAGAUGUGUACAUGUGCCAAGUUGACAAGGGGUGGACUGUGAUGGUUAAUGUGUGUCAACUUGGCUGGGCCAUGAUUUUCAGUGUUCAUAUGUGAUCACUCCCAUGAUGCCAUCUGCUGUGAGUAGCCAAUCAACUGGAAGGCAGUUUCCUUGGGGGUGUGGCCUGCAUCCAAAUAGAAGCAGACAUUCUGGCUUUUUCCUCACUCAAUCCUCUGGCAUCCUCCUGUUCAUGUGACCUCUGGCUCUUGGGACUUGAGCUAUCAGCUUAUCUGCAGAUCUUGGGAUUCGUCUAUCUUCACACCCUGAGAGUGAGAACCCUGCUCUCUGAUCUGCCAGCUUGGGUUUGCCAGCCUGUGGCUCCGUGAAUCUAGAGAAGCCACUAUCCUGAUCCACAGACUUGGGAUGUUCCAGCCUCUAGAUUCGUGUGAGCUUUUUCCUUGAUAUAAAUCUCUAUAUUUAUACCCUUUACUGGUUUUGCCUCUCUAGAGAACACAGCCUAAGACACAUCCCAGAAAACCAAACCCACUGCCGUGGCAUUGAUUCCUACUCAUAGCGACCUUAUAGCACAGAGUAGAACUGAGUAGAACUGCCCUAUAGGGUUUCCAAGGCUGUAAAUCUUUACGGAAGCAGACUGCCACAUCUUUCUCCCAAGGCGCAGAUGGUGGGUUCCAACCACCAACCUCUCUUUUAGCAGCCGAGUACUUAAUCACUAGGCCUCCUUGGUAUAUACAUGCAAUGGCUUGUUACUCAGCUGUAAAGACAAAUGAAGUUCUGAUAAAUACUGCAACAUGGAUGAAUCUUGAAAACAUGCUGAGUGAAAAAAGUCAGUCACGAAAGGAAAAACCUAUUGUAUGAUCCCACUUAAAAGAAAUGGGCAAAUGGGGAGUCUUUGCUAAGGCAGCACUGGGUUAAUGGUGGUGGAGUAAUUUGGAAAAGGACAGUGGUGAUGGUCACACAUGAUGAAAGCCGCAAGGUGUGGAACCCUUCUGCAGUGAAGGAUUGGGCCUUUUGGUCCUGGGCCUGAGAGGACGAAGGCUCACACCUGAGGCCACUGAGCGGCGAGCCACCAACUAAGCCUCAGGAGGCCUGGUGAGGCCAACAAAGGCCUGGGAAGCCAGAGGCCACAGGAGCUUCCAGGGCUGUGGAAUAUUUGGCUGUCAGGGAUGGGUAAGCAUGCUCCUUGGGGACAGGGAAGCUCUGUGCUGAAGCUUUUUGUCUCAGGGUGGAGACGUCAGCCCGGGGGAUAAGAGAUUGGAAGUUCAUCAGAGGGGAUUGGACCCAGCAGCAGCAAAAACCCUGGACCUGGUAGAGGGCAGAGCCUGGAGAAACAGCAGGAGAGGCCAGGAAAAGUAAUGCGGCUGAAUUAUGUAAAAAACGGAUCUGCAAAUGCUUUGUUACAUGUAUUUGUACCACAAUAAAAAAAAAAUUAUGCUAAGUGAAAGAAGCCAGGCGCAAAGGCCACAUAUUGUAGGAUUCCAUUUGUAUGAAAGGUCCAAAAAAAAAAAGGACACAGUAGUAGAACUGCCCCAUAGGGUUUCCAAGGAAUGGCUGGUGGAUCUGAACUGCUGACCUUUGUGUUAGCAGCCGUCCUCUUAACCACUAUGCCACCAGGGUUCCAUGAAGUGUCCAGACUAGGCAUAUCUAGAGUUAGAAGGUAGACUGGUAGUUGCCAGGGGCUGGGAGUGGGGAGUGACUGCAAAUAGGUGUGGAGUUUCUACUUAGGAGGUGAUAAUGUGCUGGAAUUAUAAACUGUGAAUACAUUAACCACUGAGUUCUAUACUUUUUUAAAAAGGCGGGUUUUGUGGCAUAUGAAUUAAUUCCACUUAAAACUCUUUUCAUGAGGAGCAUGCUUUCUAUUUAGCCUUGCUUCGAGAAUUGAACAUGAGCUUUCCAGGAACCACGGUGUUGUGUCAGGACCACACACCGGGAACUGUAGAAAGUUGUGUAAUAGCAGUGGAUUCUGUGGGGUGCCCCAUGCCCACCGCUCCUGUAGGAAUUGCUUCUCCCCUCACCCUAUAACCUGGCCGCUGAGAUGCACCUGCGUGUUGAGUGUGACCCCUCUUGCUGGUCCCAGCUGGGUACGACAGGGAUGGGCCCAGUCCUGAGCGGGCUCAGGCAGCUCAUUCUCCAGAGCAUCGAGUUGAACUUACCAAUGAGCCAGUCUCUCUUGGUAACGGGAUCCUAAUAUGGAAAAGCUGGGAGCUCUCCGUGGCCAAGUCAUAGCGCUUUAGCAAGCGUUUGUUCCCUGAUGCGUUUUUCCCAUGAAAGCAUGCAGGUUCAUUGCAGAGUAUACUUUGGACAAUACAGGAAAACAUGAAAGGCCAGUCCCGUUUAAUACCCUCUUAGAGAUGCGGUCUGGUCUCCUCUGCCGUUGUCUGUAAACUCUCGUCUGCAGGUGGAGCUCAUGUGGUCUGCUUAACUUUGUCAUUUUUCAUUAUAUUUUCAAUGUUUUCCAUGCCAUCAGCAAUUCUUUACAAUUUUACUGUAUGAACAGUGUUCGCUUGCCCCAGUCUUCUACUGUCAGGCAUUUAAGAAGCAGUCAGCUCUUACUGCUCCGAUCCUAAAUCUGCAUGUGAACAGAAAUUUAAGUCUGUCUCAAUUUCUAGCUAUUUUAUAAGGAAAAUUCUAAGAGGUGGAUUUAUAAAAUGAAAAUAAUAUUUUUGUGGUUUUUGAUAUAUAGACCUUUUACUGUCAACUCUUAGAUGAUGAAUAAACGAAGCGUCGUGUAAUGGUUUUAUUUCCCUUACAUAUAUAUGCACCAAGAAAAAAAAAAAUCAUUACAGAAGUAGCAGCAACUUUAAUUACAUGCAAAAGUUGAAUCUACCCCCAAAUGACUUCCUGUUUUGGUAUCAGCAAAUAACUUAAAUGUAGUCAGUAAACUUCAAAUAUACCAAGUAUUUAAAUGUACUGGUUAAAAUAUGGCUUGCUUUAACAGUUGAUAUGUGAACCAAACAACAAGGCAAAGUGAAAAUGUGAAUUAAAAAAAAAAAAAUGUAACAGAUUUAUUAAUAAGAGAAGACUUUUCUAUGACCUUCCUUGCCAGAUUGUUCUGUGAGGCCACCUAUUUGUUAGUUGAAAAACAUGUUUUAUACCAAAAAGACUCAUUCACAGGUAGGUAGUCACUUUACUGGGGGUCUGCUUUCGAGAGCAGGAGAUGAGCCUAGCAGCACAGUGUUUUACUGAGGAUUAUUUGAAAGGAUCACAACUGUGUGCACUGGUAAAUAAUUUUUAUUGACUGAAUAUUCACACCAAACACACAAGUUAGGCUGGUUCUUCUCCUCACGGACUAGGAUAGGAGGAGAAAUUUCAGCUUGGUUUUAGCUGGGCUGCAUGUGCUCACAUGGGGAACUUUAUUUAAGAUGCAGGGAAAGGUGGUUUGGAAACAAAGACUUAAGUAAAAGUAGCACCAGAAGGACCAGGCACCAACAAUCACAUAUUCCACCCACUCAGGACUUUUAUUAUGUGAAAUUAUUGCACUUGUAAAAAGUAAAACAAUAGAAAAUUACCAAACGCAAUUUUGAGUACAGUUUGAUGAAUUCUGAGCUAAAGAUUUCAAAAUGGUUUUGAGUUUCCCUUCAAAAGAAACCUGGCUCGAAAACGGGACCUAGGCAUUUGCGGUACUUCAAAAAGCAAGGCCAGAGGACCGUGUUUAUUCCUAAACUGUGACUGCGCUGUGAGAAAAGAGGCCGUUUUACAUGGCGGUGCGGAUUUGGUCCACAUCAAAUACAUCACUAUUAUAAAAAUAGACAAGUUUGUUUUUGUAAAAAAUAACAUUGCAUUCCUUUGUUCAAAUUGCACAGUUCAAACUAAAUUAAUACUGUUGUAAGGUAAUUAAUAUUACAUACAGCGGAUAUGUAAGUUCUGUCGGAAGCAAUUAAGGAGUACGCAGUUAUGUUUCCAUAAUGUAUGAAAACUAAAAUUUAAGUCAUAUCUAGAAAUACAUGAAAUAGCUUAAAAGUUACAACGGAGAACACUUUGUUUACAACUAAUUUUAGUAGCCGUGAUAGUAUAGGAUUUAGCAGCCUAUUUACAUAAAAGUCCAUUUUUAUUCAAUUUACAAAAGCAAUAAAUAAGAAACUACAUUAAUUUGCACAAAACCUGUUUCUUUUCAUGAUCACUGUGACCAUUUCUGUUACUUUACAGCCAAGCCAAUAAGCCUGUGCUCCUUUAUGAAGACGGUUCAGACUCAGAAAGAAGAGCAAGCCCUGUCUUUAUUCCAAGAGUGAGUUAUCUAUAGCCAUGCAGAAGCCAGCAUAAAGCCUUACAAACUAUAAUACACGUCCCACAGCCAGGAGCAGGGCUUUGAGUGUAUUUACAUGAGCGUAUUCACAUAAAGACAGAAUUCUUUGAUACAAAAUAGUCGAGUGGUAUCCAUCAGCAUAAUUGGUAAAAACCCCUCGGGGACCUCCGCCCACGCUGAUCUAGCAGUGGCCAAGCUUGCCCAAACAGGCGCAUCAACUUGCAGGUGGAGGGCUGCCAUCAGUCCAGCACUGGAGUGUAACAGACAGAGGCCACGCAGCAGGUCCCCACCACGCUGGCACACAGCGUGCCAGGGCAGGCCUCCAGCCAGGAGGACCAAUCAGAGAGUCCAGUGCUGUCCAAGGGAGCAGACAGGUAGCUCACAUCCCUGACUAGUCACAGAGAGCACCUUAGCGUUGAUAAAAAAAAAAAAAGCAGUCUGGACACACCAGAAA